AUGUCAACUGUAUUUGGAGUCUUAAUUUUGAUUUGCCUACUUAAUGAAUCAGUAAAAGUUUUAGAAGCAGUUCCAAAGAAGGCAGCAAAAGAUGUGAAUGAAAGAGAACGUAUUUUAAAGCUUUACAAGAAGGAAGCAGAAGAUGUGAAUGAAAGAGACAAAAAACUGAAAGCCAUGUUUAAUAACCAUCAAGAAAAUAAUUGUCUUGACGAUGAAUUCCAGUCAAACGGCACAAUAUUCAGUAAAGUAUGGCAUCUAUUUCGUCAUUGUUCUCUAAAUGUUAAUAAUUUGGCUAAACUUAUUCUAAAUGUCCAUGCAUGA